AUGCAUCUUUCUGUUGAUAUUGGGUAUCUUGGAACAAUCGCUCAAGCUCGCCAAUGACCGAGAAGUGACGCCCGAGAGAGAGAGAGAGAGAGCGAGAGAUCAGACUGGCUGUCCUUCAGCACUCGAGCUGCCCUUAAGGGCUCUCACCGAGUUGUCACCCUGGAUACGUCUUGAAAGGAUGGUAACACAACGCUUCUCACAGAAGGCUCAAAAUGGACCAUGACGAGCUCGUGAGAACAACGCUCCAGCAGUCUCAACUCGUCGAUCCCUCCAUAUGAACAGCACCACAAUGGCCUUGUCAUUCUGGCUGAUGGCAGCUUUAGCGGCAGCUGUCUCGUACUAUUGCUUCACACCUGUACCCAAGAAUCGACGUCUUCCAAUUCCGAAAUCUCAACAUCUCCCCUCGGCAGUCAUACCUUCGUACACCUCUCACGCACGACUCCUUCCGAAACCAGCGAGACAUGCGUUCUCUUACUCCCUCAUCUACCUCGGUCUGGACGUCGACGCUCUUGAUUCUGGAGCUCUCGACUUGCCAAAUCGGUUAUUGGUCUAUGGCGGAUCACCAUGGACCAAGAUCCUGGGUUUGAGAUCUGACGGGUAUCUCGUACCAGGACAAGGAAGCUUUCGCAGCAAACUCGAUGCCUUGUUGAUCGGAAAUGGUAUCGACAAGGAGCAUAUCGGCAAAGCUUGGCUCCUCACCAUGCCUAGUUUCCUAGGAUUCGAAGGUAUUAACCCUUUGUCCGUGUGGUAUGUGUAUGACCGGCAAGGAGGUCUCCUGUGUUGUGUUCUAGAGGUCCACAACACAUUUGAGGAGAAGCAUGCCUAUGUCCUCAUGACCGAUUCCGAGUUCCGCCACGAUCCCAAACCAGGGCACCACUUCGCAUGGACGUUUCCCCGUACGUUCCACGUCUCACCCUUCAACUCUAGAAACGGUUACUAUCGACUGGAUCUCGUCGACCCUUUCCCUAAGGAUGUUAUUCCCUCUGAUCAUCCGCAUAUGAAGAUCUCGCUGCGCCUCUUGACACCAGACAGAGAGACCAAGCUGACCGCCAUUCUGGCCUCGGAUCCCAUGCAUCCAUCCGUUCCACUGGAUUACGAACACAUUGGACACAUCGUACGGUGCCUCAUCCGGUGGCCCUUGGCCUUGUUCUUAUCUACCCCGCGGAUCCUCUUCCACGCUUGGAUUCUCCACUACGAGAAGAAGCUCGCCGUCUUUCCACGGCCUGAACCUCGAAUGUCAGGUCAAGAUGGUGUAUGGAACCCUCCUCAGAAUUACUCAGAUACUGUUGGCAAGCCUGUCCGAUGGCAGCCCACAGGUCUGACCGAAAAGAUGGCUCGUUCCAUCGUUUCUGCUUGGGCCAAGUCUCGAGCUUUAGAGACCAGCAUUCAACUAGAGAUCAGGAACCAUGGUAGUGAUAGCAGUGCAGUCUUUCCGACGACCACCGGUCACGACUCUUUCAGCAAGCUCGUCAUCACCACGUCCUGUCCGAAGAUAUUUUCGCAUCUCGUCAUUUGUCCUAGCCCAGACCACUUUCUCAUCCUCGCUCCAGAGAUUCUCACCUCGAUAUCCGAUCCUGCGCUGUUCAGGCACUUCUUCAAUGCUUCUCCUUCCACUGUUCCAAAUCCGAUUCUGGACCGUCGGAUCCAGGCUCAGCAGCGGGAUUAUUUUAUCUGGAUGUCUUCUUGUUCAAACAUCGCACCGACACCUGACCUCGUGAGAUCGCCUGAGCGGCAUUUCACCUCAUCCGGAUUGUCAAUCAGCCACAAGGUUGGCGUCAUAUUUGUAGUCUGGUCCGCUUUUGUAGCUGAUUGGCUUGAAGAGGGCAUCAUGGGCCUCAUGAAGGCUCGUUGGGUACCUGGUGGCGAUCCUCAGAGGAUAUGGGAACGUGCAUUCCGCAGACUAUAUAUUCAAUAUGGAGGGGGAUUUCUAGCAAAGCAGUCAGAAGGCUGGGAAGAGGUUGGAAGCUUGUUGUACAAUUAGAAAUUGUCUUGGUGAGUUGACAAGCACCAGCUUGAAGAUGCAUGCAUCCAGUCGAAUUAUGG